UUUAUCCGCGAGAUUUGCACUCGGGCAAAGACGGUUGCGGAUUCAACAUCGGCUCUGUCAGCUGCUGCACCUGCUUCUGGCACUGUCGGUCGCUCGGUCGGCGAGUUGUUGGGUUCGAGUCGGCGGCCGACGCAAGUAGGAGCGAGCGAAAAUGAUGCGGUCAGCGGCGCCCGAGUGAGUGAGUAAGAGAAAGAGAGAGAGUGCGUCGCCGGACAGACAACCCGCCCGACACGCCCGCUCGACAAACGCGCUCCUCGGCCGGGGCCAGCCGCACGAGUUAAGCAACGAGUGAGAGCGUAAAAGCCAUACGUCUCUUGAAAGCAGGAAGUUGGACGUGGUCAAGAGCGUCCACAGCCACCCUGCGCACCGUCCCGCCGGCCGUCGAGCGCACAAUUGCCUGUUUUCCUCGCAUAUGAUCCCUGUAAAUUCGUCGUCCUGGCCUCAUCACUAGAACCGCCCUUUUUGCCCCCUGCACCUGCAAUUCAGAGUUUCACGUCGGGCAGCACCCCAGGAGUAUCUGCCGGCGGCACAGCAGCACUCAAGCGCAGCAGCAACCUCUCCAUCUUCGGCAGCGCCCCCACAUUCUUCACGACGGCGGCCACCAUAGUGUCCUCGGACAAGAGCGGUCUGCUGCAUCAGCACCAGUUGGCGCCGUCGCCGGACGCCGUGCCCAAGAAGCAACGCCUCACCACCUACGGAGCCUCGGACGCCGCCGACGACUCGAGAAACUCGACCACCCCGUCGCCACAUCAGCCGCAGCAGCCGUCGCCAGCAGCCAUGGACGCGCCGGGCGGAGUGGCCGCCGGCAACGCCCUCUCCCAGAGCAUGGACUCGGUCAACACGGCGCAAGCAGAGGAGGAGGUCCGAACGCUUUUCGUCAGCGGAUUGCCGAUGGACGCCAAGCCUAGGGAGUUGUACUUACUUUUCCGUGCCUAUGAGGGUUACGAGGGUUCAUUGCUCAAAGUCACAAGCAAAAACGGGAAAACAGCGUCGCCUGUUGGUUUUGUAACAUUUAGCACAAGGGCAGGGGCAGAGGCAGCGAAACAGGAUCUGCAGCAAGGAGUGCGUUUCGAUCCGGACAUGCCGCAGACGAUCCGGCUCGAAUUUGCCAAAAGCAACACCAAAGUGUCGAAACCAAAGCAACAACCGGGGGCCGUGGGCUCCGGCCCGGGGUCCCUCGGCGGCCCUGGCAGCGCCAAUGCUAACUCGGCGGCCGCGGCGGCCGCCGCUGCUGCAGCGGCCUCGGCGCACCAGAGCCUGAUGCUGCCUGGACGUCCACUCUUUCGACGCCCAAUGCAUAAAUCACUAGGAGGCCCCUUCUUCACCACCGCGGGCCCCGAGUUGUGGCCGCACCCUCUCGCGUAUUCGGCAGCGGCCGCCGCGGCAGCCGCCGCAGAGCUGCCAGGCGCGGCUGCACUUCAACACGCAGCCACCUUGGUGCACCCUGCACUGCACCCUCAGUGGAUGAGGACACAGAUGGCUUUGCAGUACGAGAACCAACCGCUCUCGAUUCCUCACCCGACGGCAGCCCUGAGCUCGAUGCACGCCAACUCCAUGCCCCAUUUUCUGCCCUCGCCAGCUCUUGCCUCCCCCGUGGGCUCCACGUGCUCCCAACCGGGUGCUAACAACGGCCCGGCGCAAUGCAACAACAACGGCGCUAACAACGCACCAUGCUCGACCCUCUUUGUCGCCAACCUCGGCCAGUUUGUCUCCGAACACGAGCUCAAGGAAAUCUUCGGAAGCUUCCCUGGGUUCAGUCGCCUGCGGAUGCACAUCAAAGGUGGCUCGCCGGUGGCCUUCGUUGAGUAUGGCGACGUGAAGUGUGCGUCGCAGGCCAUGUCGGCUCUGCAAGGCUCAUUUCUGAUCUCGUCCGACCGCGGGGCCAUGCGUAUCGAGUACGCGAAGACCAAAAUGGCUGAGGGAGGUGGAAAGAACGAAGAGUUCAUUGGUCAUCUUAUAUGAAUAUUGCAAGCGAUAUCAAAAUAACCAACGGUGCCCUUCUUGAAAAAUUCCUGCGCGCCCAGAGCAGCAGCGACUCGUCGUCAUUUAGGCCUGCAGCAGCAAUACACAUUACAUACAAAAAGAAACAAGCAAAAAUAAGAAGCGCGGAAAAAUCGCGCAUUUCAAUUAUACGUGUAGAAAGAAAAUUGGAAAUCUCGACCUGUGCCCUUUUCUGGUAGCCCUUCGAGCUGAACCCUAUCUCCUCAAAUGCCGGAUAAAAAAAAACAAUUGUGAUGAUGACAGAGAGGAAAUGAUUGCUGAAUUGAUUGUGAUCGUUAUUUUUCCAUCCUUGAUUGCAUUUAGUACCGAAAACGCACAUUCCACUGAUGAAAGAUGUAAGUUAUUAUUGUAAUAAGACAUGUGACUCAAGCAUAAUUUUAAUAACGAUAGAGAGCAGCCGUCUGUCAUCAGAAUUGAGUUUGAAAAGUCGUUCUCACCAAAGAAAGAAAGAAAUCAGAGUUGAUUUUCAUACUUGCCUUGCCCCCAGAUUAUUAUAGAAGCAGACAAUCUACGAGCGGAAUUACAAAGAACAAAAAAGACGAAAACAUAUCCGGAACAAAGCUGAACGAAACAUAUCACAACUAUCUGUCCUUUUUUCGACUAAUUGCCUUCUAUUUGCGAUGUGAAAACUACUCGAUUUAUUGUCGUACUUGUCAAAUGAUCUUGAAACCAAAUUGAUUCGAGCUAGUAGCGAGGGUGCGGCCGGCACCAGGUGUCCCCCGCCACCCUCGAUAAUUAUGUGAAUUCCUCUUUUUAUAUAUACACUUGGACGCUCGCGCGCGUCAAGUACUUUUAAGUGAUUUAUUUCGCCGUCGUCGUCGUUUUAAGUUAUUGAAUUUUGUUCCGCCCUUCGGAAUCGUACAUUAUACACUAUAAUAUUUAUCCUCUUUGAUUUAUAAUAACUGUUAGGGGUGAUUUAUACACACUCUCAAAAACCAAGGGUACUUGAUGAUGUGGUAGAUAUGAAAAUACUUUAACAAAGUAAGCAAAUGUGGCUUAACAAUACAUAUCGAAUAUUAAAACUUGUGACUUAAAUUUUCGACUCACACAAAAAUUCAAGAUACAAAAUUCGCGUAAGUUGAUAGACUAACUUGUAAACUGCUCUUCACACGAUUAAAGUAAGAGGGUGGAACUAAUCGGGUCGUUACAAGGGUGGAGAGUCAGGGAGCCGGACGGACGGGCGGCGUGUUUCGCUGCGGCCUCCAACUGCGAAAUCAGACUGACAUCGCACGCGCCGUUUUAACUCUUAUGUGUAACCUCAAUCGUGUAGCAAGACGAGAAUUUGCAACUAACUGAAGCAGUUUUCGGCCGCCGCCGCGACACGCACCCACCGCCGGCUGGGUUGAUUGUGUAUAAAAAAUGCAGCGUAGUCAGUCGACAGCCAGUUUUUUUAGCGAACAAAGUUUAACUCAAAGCAACAGCAGAGUAGAAACAAGAAUAACGCAGUCAAUGAGCAGCAGAGGAUUUAAAGUUAGGGUAUUUGAUGUGUACAUUAAUUAGCCUGGCUCUUUUAAGGACAUAUACCUUUAAAAUUUAAGUGUAAAAAGCUACAAGAAAGAAAGAAAGAAAGAAAGUAAACCAUCAACUUGUUUGUGUGUUUCAUGGUUGCUAUAUGAUAAAUUAUUAAACAAACAAAAAAGAUGAACCUACCAGAAAGACGCGUAAUAAUAAGUAGUUGUUUGCUGAUGAAAAUGUUGGAGCGAAGAAGGUUUGUUUUUUACCACUUGGGUUGAUUGGCGCCAAAUUUUCUCAUGUAUGUCGAUAAAAUAUAAUUUGAAAUGUGAGGCUAAAAUUCUGCUAAACCUAAGUGCCGCUGGAAUUUUUGGAAUAUUCACAGCGUAACACAAAGAGAUGAACUUUUGUUUCAUGGCCGCCGAUGUUUAGGACACACACUGUUUGUUGUACCUUAAUUGCGGAUUGUGUAUGGUUUUAAAAGCAUGACCAAGAAAAGAAAAAUUAAGCUAAAAAUUAGUAAACAAUUGAUUGCUACCCUGAGCAGCGAUGACGUCACAAUAAGACCACUCUCUUUGUCUAACACGGCAGCUGAUAAUAAAAAAACUACCAACACGACACUCUGAUUUACAGAAAAUUAGCUCCACAUAAAAAUUAUAUUUUUGACGUUCUUGUUGUAAUUCAAUGUCGAAUCGGUCCCCCAUUCAGGUUGACCCAAGUAAUAAAAAAUGCAUCUUGCAACAUUCCGUCCAUGCCGAUAAGGAAACGUUGAAACUUUUGUGUAUUACUUAACUAGUGUGUAACUCGUAAUAUUGAUACGCAUUAUACCUAAUUAUAACACUGCUGCGAUUGUAGAUCGAAAUUGGGAAGAUUGUAAACACUAUGUCGCGAGACUUUCUAAUGGGCAAAACGAUGCAUGAACUCUCGAGUUGUGUUGAUUGCUGUUCACAGUGCGUCUUUUGCGUGAAUGGUGAGCGACGCAUAGAAAAAAACAGUAGCUCUGUUGUACUAAAUGAAUUAUAAUACCAAGAAGAAAAAGCUCAAAACUAUGGAAGCUUAGCGCGUGCGAAAACCAGUUUUUCGUCGGCGAACAAAACCGAACAUAUCAAUGAUGAACCUUAUAUGAAAAAAUGCGAUUUUUAGAAUUAACUACUAUCUCGUCUUGAUUCGCUGAACGUUUUUCGGGGAAUAGCAGUGAGCGAAAGUCGACUGGUUUAGGACGAGGGAAUUGAAGUGGUCGGCUGAAAAGAAAAAUGAAUCGUGCAUAUCUCAAAAAAUGUAUUUUUCGCGGAAUUUCAAGUCCAGCCUUGUAAACCAGAGGAUUUUUGAGCCGUUUUUGCCGCUCCAAAACGCAAACCGUCUGCUGGAAAAUUGAGUCAUAUCAGAUUACAUGCCUUGAAGAGAAAUACACGCAAACAUUGUAACAUAUUAUAAUAUUUAUACACACAAAACAUUUUAAGCGAAAUUUUCAACUCCUCUAUUUCUGAUUAGAACCAGAUUGGAGCUUUUUAGAUUGUUUUCUCAAACAAAAACACCAUCCAAUCAAACAUAUCACGGAAAAAUCAAAGUUCCCUGCAAAGAUAACUUAUUUAGCAUGAAAAGAUCUCAUUUGCCUCUUGGAGGGGUGUAUAAUUUUUUUCUUUCCUCCAAAGUGUUUCUCCUGCGUAACUCGGACUCGAGGAGUGUUAGUCAGAAAGUAGACGAACCUACCAAAGUAGCUGGAAAAACGCGAGAUGAAUGUGAAGACGAAGCUUUUGUAGCGUAACCUCCACUAAUUUCGAUACGGAAACAGCAGAGUGUAAAAUUAGUGAGUUACCGAAGCAAACAGCAAAACUUGUGUAUUGUGUGCCUCUUUCUUAACAAAAAAACUACAAUGCGAGAAUAUAUUAUACAUAAAACCUCUAAAGCAUAAGCGAAACUGAUCCUUUCUAUUAAGCAACGUAGUGAUGAGUUCUAGGCGCAGAAAAUAAAAUUAAAACAGCUGAGCCCAUAAGGAAGAGUUGUCAUGUAGCUCGCGCGAAUUGAAAAAAAAAAAUGAAAAUCAGAUUUCGUCUCACGGUGGCUUUUGCGUUCGUUUCUUACAUUAGGAGUGUGUUUCGUGUGUGCGUGUCCCUGAUGCAGAAUCGUAAUGCGGUUAAAUAUUAUUAAAUUAUUAUUGUGAAUGUAUCUUAGGGAAAUCGUCAUCGGUUCACUUGUUACAAGAGCGGGUAAAUGAUUGUCCCGAGAUUGCAUACACAAACAUUUUACUAUGUAUUGAGACCAAAUUUUAACCAAAAAUUUAUACAUUGUAAAGGUUAAUUACAGCCUCUAUUUCACUAUCGACUAUUAUCGUUCUAAUCGAGAGUAAUGGUUUUUGAGUUCCCUUUUUGAUGUUUGUACUGUAUAAAAAUUGAAAACAGUUCUUAUCUUAAUUAUCAUUCAUUCUGGUUAUUAUUAUUAUUAAAGCUAGUCUGUAUACCGAUUUCACUUGUUAAUUCAAUCUCAAUCUGCUAAUGAUUAUCUAAUCUAAUAUUUAAUGAUUAAAAUUAAUGAUGUCUGCUAUUGAGGAUUGUAAUAUACAUAUAGCUAUAAUAUAUAUAUUGAAAUAAAAACCUG